AUGAGCGAUUCGAUUGUUCAACUGGAAUAUUGUGAUCGUGUCCCACAAGAGUAUGAGGCCCAAUUAGGCUGUGUUGGCUAUGCUCCUGGCCUACUCUACUCAUUUUUGACACAAAAAUCGAAUCGUGUUUUAUCGGGCAAUUCGUCUUUGUUUAGCCAGAAGGACAUAGAAGUAGCAAAGAAUGCAAAUAGAUUGGAUGUUUUUGACCCGAAACUUUAUCCGAAGGAAAGUGAUUUUGAGUCUCUUCUCCAAGAUUUUAGUUUGGCUUAUGGAAAGUGGGACUUUGAUCCACUAGAAUUUGGUAAUCCAUUUACUGAAAAUGAAAGGUCAGUUCAUAUUUGGCAAGGUUGUGAGGACAAGAUAGUGCCGUGUCACUUACAAAGAUAUGUAUCCAAAAGGCUACGUUGGGUUCAUUAUCAUGAAGUUGGCGAUGGAGGACAUGCUUUAUGGCAUGUUGGUCCGGUUGGUGAAGCUAUUUUGAGGUCCCUUCUGCUUGGAGAAGACCCACAUCCAUCAACAAUAUAA